AUGAAUAAAUUAAAACAAUUUUGGUAUAAAAAACAAAAUUCUUCACAUGAUUUAUUAGACGAAAUAGAUCAAGUAUUACUCUUAGAUAAUCAUGAACAUAAAUAUUCAUCUCGUUCAAUAAAUACACGAUUAUUUAUUCGAAUAUAUCAUUGGACAUGUACACAUAAAAUUUUGACUCAACUAAUUACUUGUAUUUUUAUACCAGUUUUACUUUAUAUAUUUUUAAUUAUGUUAUCAACUAAUCAAGCAUUUAUUCCAAAAGAAUUUCAAGAAAAUCAUCAUCGUCUUCUUUUAAUUGCUGCUCAUCCCGAUGAUGAAUGUUUAUUUUUUUCACCAACAUUACGUAUUCUACAAACACAACAUCAUGUAAAUACAAGUUUAUUAAUUUUAUCACGUGGAAAUCAUGUUGGUUUAGGUGAAAUACGUGCUAGAGAAUUACAUGGCUCAUGUCGAGCAUUAAAUAUUCCACAAGAACGUUGUAUAUCAUUAGAUUUAUCUUAUAUGCAAGAUGAUCCAAAAAUUUGGUGGUCUGAAAAACAAAUAAUUCCUCUUAUAAAUGAAUAUAUUCGUUUAUGGUCUAUUGAUUUUGUGGUUUCUUUUGAUGAUUAUGGUAUAUCCGGUCAUAUGAAUCAUCGAGCAAUUGCGUCAGCUGUUCGUUUACUAGUACAAAAUAAAACUAAUACAAUGAUUAAAAUGUCUUAUGAAUUAAAAUCGGUUUCUGUUCUUCGUAAAUAUUCAUCAUUAAUGGAUUUUUAUUUUGUAUUUCUAUCAUUUAUUCCACGUCUUUUACAUUCAUUUUUCUCAUAUAUAAUACCAUUUAAUUUAAUUUCAUCACCCGAUGUGUCUCGUAUAUUACUUGUUAAUACACCUAAUGAUUAUAUGGCAUCUCGAGCUGCUUUUGCAAGUCAUCAAACUCAAUAUAAUUGGGAUCGACAUAUAUAUUUAAUUGCAAGUCGAUAUAUGUUUAUUAAUGAACUAAAAAAAAUAGAAUAA